AUGAGGUACCAAGCAGAAGAUGUGAUUGUGGUCAAGGAACUAGCCAGACACUAUGCAGUCAUCUUCCCCUCAGAGUUCCGCUCCGACCAUCCUGAGAAGGUCUGUAUACAACUGGAGGGAGCUCAGGGAGAGACCCGAGUAGAGAUAUCACUAAAUCUGGAUAAAGAGAACACCACCCUCGCAGAGAAGACCUUCAAAGACUCUACAUUCACCUGCAUCCAACUACAGGUAAAAUCCCCCAGUGAAGGGAAUGAAGAACAAGAUGUGGUUGGCACAUUGGUAGCUGAGAUUGAGAAUGCUGGGGAAACCAUAACAAAGAGUGCAAAGGUCCUUCUGAAGAAGUCAAAAUCUGGUCUUCUUAUCCAGACAGACAAAGCUGUGUACAAACCAGGACAACAAGUUCUCUUUAGAAUUCUGGCCAUCAAUGAAGAUUACCAACCGGAAGAAAGAAUGUUUCCGGUUGUAGAAUUACAGGAUCCAGGAAAGAACCGGAUUGGUCAGUGGCUGAAUGUGAAUCUCAAUCAAGGAAUCAAGGAGUUUUCCUUUUCUCUCUCCUCGGAGCCUCCACUAGGGGAAUACACGAUCCGGGUGGGGGACAAAGUCCAAACCUUCAGUGUGGAAGAAUAUGUGCUUCCCAAAUUUGAGGUCAUUCUUGGGCUCCCAAAGUUCACCAGGAUUGACAGUAAAAGUCUCAGUUUUCCGGUAUGCGGCAAAUACACACAUGGAAAGCCAGUUCAAGGUAAAUUUACAGUUGGCAUAUGCCGUAACUAUUACCAAUGGCAUACAAGAAACAUUGAGAAGAAACCAGAUAUUUGUUUUGGAUUCAUUGGGGAGCUGGAUAAAUCAGGAUGCCAAACUAUUGAACUAAAUAUAGAAGCCUUUAAAUUAAACAGCACUGGCAUGGAUUACCAACUGAAGGUAGAAGCCUCUAUCACAGAACAAGGGACAGAGAUUCAGUUAUCUACAUCCAGUCAAACCACUGUAUCCAAUGUGAUCAACAAGUUGUCCUAUGUGGAUCCAGACUAUAGCUACAAGGCUGGGAUUCCAUACCAUGUUGUGGUUAAAGUGACAGAUGUUAAUGAUAAUCCUCAACAAGGCAUGAAAGUUUAUUUCCACAGUAGAGACGGCAGAGAAGAAAAGCUUAUUGAUACCUCAGUGACAGACGACAAUGGCAAAGCUGUUUUCAUCUUAAAUACAAACGACUGGGAGGGCACAAAAUACUUUAUGGCAAAAACAAUGCUAAAGAACCCAGAUUUAGUGGUCGGCUACAUUAGGCCCGACUAUGGACAAGUGCACCUGUCAAUAUAUCCCUUCUACUCUAAAAGCAAGAGCUUCCUGAAACUCCACUCCCUGGAAAAGGUCCUGCCAUGUGGGGGGCAGCAGGAGGUGCAGGUGGAGUAUAUUAUCAAACACACAGAGCUGAAGAAGGAAUAUGAACACCUAGAUCUCCAUUACCUGGUGACUUAUAUGGGAUCUAUAGUAGACACCGGCUCUUUAGAAAUCAAUGUUAAAAAUGGAAAUGAAGAUCUACAUGGCAAGGCUACUUUUAAUCUUCCUGUAAGUGGAGGAAAAUCUUCCACUCUUCGUGCCCUUGCUUACAUUUUAUUACCCGAUGGGGAGAUUUUGGCAGACUCGGCAAAAUACAACAUGCAAAAAUGUUUCAAAAAUCAAGUAUCAUUUGGGUUCUCUCCUGAUGAGGUCCUUCCAGGAUCGGAUGUGUCUAUAAAGGUCCAGGCUGCCCCUGGCUCUCUCUGUGGUCUCAGGGUGGUGGACAAGAGUGUAGUGCUGAUGAAACCAGACAAGGAGCUGACUGCUGACAAAGUUUUUGAUCUAUUUCCAUAUUGGGAAUUUGAAGAUUAUGACUAUCGUGUCCAGGACCAUGAUAAUCCUUGUGUAUCUCCUGACUUCAUAUCAUCUCCAUUUCUCAGAAGGCCAGGGCCCAUUGUUCGCCCAUGGUUCCCUAGGUUUCCUAAGGGAGAUGUUGAUGUGAACACCUUAUUUAAGGGUUUGCGAUUAAAAAUCUUAACGAGUGCAGAGAUUAAGAAGUGUGUGGAAACACCUGCGAUCGACGACAGAGUAGGAAGUACUGUUCUUUUGGCUCGUGUCCCAAGUGCACCACAUGAAACAAACCUCCUGACAACAGCUAGAACAGCAAAAAAAGAGGAGGAAAGAAUACGAGUCUAUUUUCCUGAGACCUUACUUUUUGAACUUAUAGCACUGGGAACAGAUGGCAGUGCUGAACUCCACAAGAAGGCACCAGAUACCAUCACAGACUGGAAUGGAGGGGCAGUUUGCUUGGGUCCCAGUGGAUUAGGCCUGUCUUCUGCUGCUUCUCUUCGGGUCUUCCAGCCAUUCUUUGUGGAGCUUACCCUGCCGUACUCUGUAGUGCGGGGAGAAACAUUUACCCUAAAAGCUUCUACAUUUAACUACAUGGAGCAGCCUAUGAAGAUUAGGACCACACUGCACACCACCAGUGAUCUAGAAAAAAUGCCAUGUGAAGAUUGUCACCACACCAGCUGUCUAGGAGCAGAUGAGAGCACAACAUUCUUCUGGAAACUAAAAGCCAAAGUCCUGGGACAAGUAAACAUCACAGUGAAAACUGAGGCUCUGCACACAGAUGAAUUGUGCAACAAUGAGAUACCGAUUGUCCCUAAGAGAGGAAGCACGGAUACAAUCGUCAAGCCUUUACUUGUUCAGCCUGGUGGUGUCCUAGAGGAGAAAUCAUUUAGCUCUCUGAUGUGCAUACAAGAGGGAAAAGACAAUUCAAAGACAGAGGACGUCAAUCUAAAGGUUCCAGAGAAAGUUCUGGAGAAUUCUGAGAGAGCUCACAUCACAGUUCUGGGAGACCUGAUGGGUACAGCCAUGCAAAACCUGGACCGACUCCUGGCCAUGCCAUACGGGUGCGGGGAACAGAACAUGGUUCUCUUUGCCCCUAAUAUCUUCAUUUUGCAGUAUCUGCAGAACACUCACCAACUGACUGAUGAGAUAAAGAGUAAAGCCAUCAGGUUCCUGGAGAGUGGAAGCAGGGAAACUGUGUUACACAGCAGAGGAUUCAGUAAGUACGCUCCUACUGCCUACCUACUGAACCUGUUAAGUGCCUUUGUGGUAAAGUCCUACAGCAAAUCUCGGCCUUACAUAUUUAUAGAUACAAGUCACCUCAACGACUCUGUCAACUGGCUGAAAAACCACCGUAAUGAGUCGGGCUGCUUCCGCAGCAUGGGAAGACUUUUCAAUAAUGCAAUGAAGGGAGGCGUGGAAGAUGACACUUCUCUCUCUGCUUAUGUUACAAUUGCACUGCUGGAACAUGGUUUAUCUCAUGAAGAUCCUUUGGUAAGGGAUGCUGUGACCUGUCUGCGGAAGGAAGCUGUAAAAGUGACUAAUGUAUACACCCUGGCUCUGAUGGCCUACACCUUUACCUUGUACGGAGACAAUGAGCUCAGGAAGGACUUGUUGAAAAGAUUGGAAGAAAAAGCUGUGAUAGGUGAUGGACAGAUCCAUUGGAAGCGGGAUUCUACUCCUCCCAAGCAAGAUUCUUACUGGUACAGAGCUCCAUCUGCUGAAGUGGAGAUGACUGCCUAUGUCCUAAUGACUGUACUUGAUGGGCCUGAGCCUGACCUGGGAAAAGCUGCAAAAAUUGUCAACUGGAUAUCCAAGCAACAGAACGCCUAUGGAGGCUUCUCAUCUACACAGGACACAGUUGUGGCUCUUCAGGCCCUGGCCAAGUAUGCAGAGAUUACAUACAGUGAUAAAGGAGAUAUAACGGUGACAGUCACUUCUAAGACGGGAUUUCUGGAGGAGUUCCAUGUAGACAAAAAUAACCGACUCCUUCUCCAGAGGGCAACACUACCAGCCAUUCCAGGAGACUACACAGUGACCGCCACAGGGAGUGGUUGUGUCUUUGUACAGGCUGUCCUGAGAUACAAUAUCCCUCCACCUAAAACUGAAGCUGUAUUUUCACUGAGUGUGAGGACUAGUUCAAGAAUGGAAUGUCUGGGGAAAACAGUGAAAAGUUUUGAAAUUGGAAUCCUUGCUGCGUACACAGGUUCCCGGAAAAUAUCCAACAUGGCUGUUCUAGAGGUGAAAAUGCUAUCCGGUUUCAUCCCAGUGAAGAGUACAGUAAGGCAGCUGGAGAAAGACAAAGUGAUAAAGAGAAGUGAUAUCCAGGUGGACAAGGUGAUCUUGUACUUUGACCACUUGGACCAACAGUUGAAACAUCUAACCUUCAUGGUGGAACAGGAUGUUGAGGUCAAAGACCUGAAACCAGCCGCAGUAGAAGUGUAUGACUACUAUGAGACCGAUGAUCGUGUAUCUGUAGACUAUAAUCAUCCUUGUACUGUAAUUAUGGGAAUCAAGGACUCAAAACCUGCUUUUACCUGGUCUUGA